CGGUCUGUGCAGAAGAGUUGAGAACAAGUGCGGCCGGAAAAGAGUGUGGAGUGAGAGCUUUUGCUGGGCGGCGAAAGCUCAGAAACGCACUUGUGCGAUGACAUCAUCCCUGUCAUUUGUGCAAAAUUGAAGCCGAGUGUCGUUGGUUGUGUGCUCGCGCUGUUCCCUAAAAUCACGGACAAACUGUUGCUCUGUGACCUUCGACCCACCCUCAUAUGAUUGUCCUGAUAGCCAUCUGAAAAGUAGACACGCUGUUAUCAGUUUUCGGGCGCAGAAUCGAUUAGAUAAGCGAGUCUAAAGUGAAGAUGCUCGGCAUUCAGUCAUCGUGAAGGAGGAACAUGGACUUGGUCACGCUGCGACCGUGCUCGAGGCGCUUGGAUGGAUCGCCCCAGGAUGGGCCUGAUUCCGUCCUUAAGAUCUCCUCGACAUUCCUCACCAGUACUCCCAUCAAAACUGAGCAGGAUAUCCUGGAGAAGUCAAUGCCGGAGGAUGACCCCAACUCUAAUUCAGAAGUCUGUCCAGCAGAGCUGAAGAGGGGUCCAAGGUGGGGACCGCAACAUAAGGGCGCCCAAGAAUUAGCAAAUCUUUACAGUUCGGGGAAACGAACGCAGGAGAUCGUCUGUGUCUGCCUCUGCAUUAGUCUUAUGAUCCUCAAUCUCUAUCUCAUAGUGAGACACUUUCGUUUCGAGAGGAUCAGCAUUGUGAUUAUGGCCGCUGCUUGUGGCAUCCUCACGGCGGACUUUGGCUCUGGCCUAGUUCACUGGGCGGCCGAUACAUGGGGUAGUGUGGAGCUGCCCAUCAUCGGCAAGAACUUUCUCAGGCCCUUCAGGGAGCAUCACAUCGACCCCACGUCCAUAACUCGACAUGACUUUAUCGAGACGAACGGGGAUAACUUCAUGAUCGCCAUUCCCAUUCUCGGGCGGCUGGCCUAUAAUUUUCUCUCGCGCAGCCAAGCAGAGAUUCAGCAGGAUUUCGCCUUCAGUGCAUACCUCUUUCUGUGUUCAAUCUUCGUGGCAAUGACCAAUCAAAUUCACAAGUGGUCGCACACUUACUGGGGCCUGCCUAGGUGGGUGAUAUUCCUUCAGGACUACCACAUAAUGCUGCCUAGACGCCAUCAUCGCAUCCACCAUGUGGCACCACACGAAACGUAUUUCUGCAUUACAACCGGAUGGCUAAAUUGGCCUCUCGAGAAAAUUAGAUUUUGGACGUGCCUCGAGAAUCUAAUUGAGUACACGACCGGCUGUCGGCCACGAGAUGACGACAUGAAGUGGGCCCAAAAGACGCAGUGAGCCUUCGCCAUUCGCCCUCAACUUUUCACUGGAACUUGAAGAGCUUUAAGCUUGAGUGCUGUACCUUGAGGGCCCCCAAAGUUCUCAACUCUGGUGCUAUAUUAUAAAAAUUUGAUAACUAGAAAUGACGUGCGAGUCACGAUGAAGGCCUUUUGCAUAGGAAUUGAACUUGAGCUUUUUGCGAAAAUUCCCAAGUUGUAACGUUUUUAAAUAAUAUGUGUGGUAUUAAAACAUUCAAUGCUGCGGCAAUACAAAUAUUCGGGGACCACCACAGAACAUCUACAUGUAAUAUAAAAUAAAUAAUUAAAUUUGCACUAAAUAGGUUAAUCAUUAUUCCCAGUUUCGUGACCAUAUUUUGUCAAUUAUUCUCCAUCCAAUUUGUAAUCCCAAAUGCAUAUUAUAUUGAAAAUCCCAGCAUGAGAGCUAUUGUUUCCCAAUAUGUAUUGUACUUCUUUCUCUGUUAUUUAUUGCAUUUGUUAGAUCGGAAAUAAAUUAUAGAGAGACCAUUA